GCCCGGCAUGUGGGCGCCAGCGACCCGCACUUCUCAUGGUAUGCAGCAUCCUGCGGGCAGCGGGGCGCACGCCCCCUGGCCACGGUCUUCCACCUCUGCAAGUGCAGCGCCAACGAGUGCGGGGCGGUCGCUCCAGUUGGCGCUGUGGUCGAGCACUUGGACGUGUGGCAGGUGGUGGACCCCCGCGACGUGGCCCGCGAGCAGGCAAAGCUCAUCUGCCCAGCAGCGGAUCCUGGGGCGCCUGUGCUGACCGACGCGCCCUCAGCCGAGCCAUUGCCUGGAGAGCUCAGCGGCUGGCCGCUCGGGGAUGGGGGCAACGAAGACGUGGCGGAGGGCACCCAGACCCCGGGCGGUCCAGGAGAGGCGAGCCCACUCGACCAGGAGAUCGCAGGGCUCGAGGAGACCGCCGUGGACCCCGAGCUCGAGGCGCGGCUGGUGCGGCUAGGGGGCAGGGCAGCUCGUGGUGUGCCGAGGCAGGGCACGCCCAAGAGCGCUGCGCGCCCGGCAGGAGCCGUAGGCGAGCGCCUGGCACAGGUGGUUGCUGGCCGAGCCGCCGCUGCUGCCCCUGCGCGCACUGGCGCCUCGGGGACGAGGAGCAGGCUGGCAUCGGCCUUGACCGCGGCGCUCCUGGGCCGCGACAACGACGACGCGGAGGACGGCGCAGAGAGCGACACGGAGCGCCUAGGGGGCCGCGACUGCUACCAGGGCGUGAACAUCAAGCGCGAUUUGUUCCGCAGGAUCGCUCGACAGCGGCCCGGCGCUCUCCUCGAGAAUGGGCUUGGCCACCUGCGCAGCCAGUUCACUCAGCAGUUGUCCGCAGGCGAGGCCGACCCGCUGGCCCCGUGCGUCACACAGUUCCUGAACACGGAGUUGAUCGUUGCUCACCCGCCGCGGAGGCUGGGGACAGACGAGGUGCGGGUCCUCCGCACGCUGGGGCUGGUGCUCGACGGGAUCCUGCGCGGGGAGGUCGUCGAGAAUGCGGAUCUGCUCAUGCAGGAGUUCAAGGCGCGGACGAUGGCCAUCCGCGACGGCAACUGGCGGUCGGCACGAUGGCUUACGCUGGUCGCGCAGGAACACCUUCCGUCAGGCGCCUCUCUGGACGAGGAGAACGCUGCCGAGAAGGCCGAGGCCCGGGAGCUGAAGGUCGUCGAACUCCGCCGGCGACUUGCAGACCGCAGGACCAGCCGCAGUCCCUCGCGGUCGGUCCAGCUCCUGAGCGACUCCGAGGGGGACCUCGACGCAGCAGCCGCCGCCCGCGUGCCACCAGCGGACGCGGCUGCAGGCCGGAGCUUCGCGCAGCACAAGGCGGCCCACCCAAGGCGCGAGGGCGAGACCCAGGCAGCGUGGAAGGCGCGCAUCGAGAGGCCGCUGGCUGCCAAGAGCCGCGGCAAUGGCAAGACGGGGAAGAGCCGCGGCACGAGCACUGUGAGCACAGGUGUCAGCUCCAAGUUCAGGCUCGCCCUCGCGGUCCACGAGGCGGUGCACGGUUCGCCAGGGGCGAUCGGGCGGUACGUUCGUAAGAUGUGCACUUCGCCAGACCCCACGGCCAGCUUCGCGCGGCUGCGCGAGGUGUUGCCGUUACCGUUGCCCGACGCCCCACUCUUCGAGAGGUACCGUGCCGCCGGGUACUUGCACCAACAGUUGCCGGAGACCUGCGAGGUGGACGCCGCCACGGCGCAGGGGUGGGCCCAGCUCGUGGUCUUCAGCCUGAACUACCAGUACACGGGGCACAUGCGUUGUCCAACCGUCGCCGCGAGGCGGCCCACAGCAAGUCAGACCAGUGCGCUCGGCAUUGUGCAGGAGGCCUGUGAGUAUUUCGUUCAGGAUGCCGCCGCAGCGUUCGAGCUCCCAGACUGGGACCAGGUCAUCGCGUCGAAGACCGUCUCCUACGGGGGCGAGGAGACGUCCCGCGCCCUGGCGCUCUCGCUUGCAGGCAUCAUGCCAGGCCUCCCCGCGCAGGGCGUCACCGCAUCGGUCAAGGCAGUCGACAUCGCGGACGCUCAGGUGGGCGCCUGGCUUGCCGACCCCACGCUGGCUUUGCUCCCUCGGGAUGAGUGGCCUCCUGAGGUCCCGCGGGCGGCGAUCCAGGUCACGUCCAAGCAGGAGUGGAACCGUAUCGGGGCCAAGCUCGUCGAGCGGGGGCUGGCUGCGCCGAUCGCCGACGACCGCAUCUUCAAGGUCGGGAACCGCAAGGUGCUCGCUGGGGCGUUCGGGGUCGCCAAGGGCGGCACUCCGUCACCUGGCCAGGCGUGCGUCCAGCGCCUGAUCAUCAACAUGGUCCCGGCCAACAGCUACCAGCACAUCAUGAGGGACGACAUUGGGACCCUAAGUGCAUCGCCCUCGUGGGUCGCCAUCCCGCUCCCAGAGGGCCACAUGCUGCUCUGGUCCUCAGAUGACCAGGCCUCCGCUUUCUACUGCUACGGGCUGCCCGAGGCCUUGCAGCCAUACAUGGCCCUCGCGGAGGCGAUCCCGAUCGAGGUCAUCGGUGUGCCGGGUCCAGGGGAGACACACUUCGCGCUGCGCGUCAUCCCGAUGGGCUGGAUCUACGCGGUCACGGUGCUUCAGCACUGCCACAGGCGCCUCGGGUUCGGCUCUCGCCCCCUCGCUGCGGGGUAUCCCGCGCAUCUCGAGUGGCGCAAGGAGCGCCCACUUCCGUUCGAGUCGAAGGAGCUCGAGCAGCAGUGGAUCCAGUACUACAUCGACGACUGGGACCAUGGCGAGGUGGUGCCCAACGCGAUGGUCGCGGAGCUCCUCGGCACGAUGAGCUUCGCGCAGGAGGAGCAGAGGGCCGCCUACGGCCGCUCGGGGAUCAGCGUCGCCCCCGGCAAGGCCAAGCACCGCGCGCUGGUCCUGGAGCGGAUGGGCGCGGGUCUUGACGGGGCCGUCGGCCGGGUCGGAGUCACGACCGAGAAGCUGCACCAGCCGCUGGCGUUCAUCCUGUGGGGCAUGGGCAGACAGGGGCUCUCGUCGCAGGGCAUGCUCAUGAUCCUGGGCAGGUGCGUCAGGGCAGCGGAGUUCAGGAGGCCUUUCAUGGGGUUCCUCAACAGCGUGUGGGCUGCUGGGCGCUGGACGCGACCGCAGGCUGUUCCCCGUGGCAUGUACGACGAGCUCUUGGGCUUCGCGAUGGCGCUGCCGCUGGCAUACACCGACCUGCGCGCAAAGAUCGACACUUGUGUCAUUGCGACCGAUGCCAGUGAGCGCGCUGGGGGCAUCUGCCACACGGCUGGGCUCUCGGCGCAGGGCGUUGCCUGCGCGAGGGGGGGAGCUUCAGCAGUGACUUUGCGGCCUGGUGCAGUUGCGGCUCCUGUGCGCGGUGUGCGGUGGCGCCCUCGCAUAGUUCUCAUCGAGCUCUUCGCAGGCGCUGCUGGGGCCGCGGUGGCGGCCUCCAGACUCCCGAUCGACGUGAUCGCCCACGUCAGCUGCGAGGUUGAGCCCGCUGCCCGGCGACUGGUGCGUCGCCGCUGGGCGGGCGUGAUCGAGCUUGGCAACAUUGAGGCCGUCGACACGGAGCGGUUCACUGAGAUGCUGAAGGGUUAUGCGCGGGACACCGACUGGGUCGUCUUGACCGCGGGAAGCCCGUGUCAAGAUCUUGCAAGCAUCAAUGUCGUGGGGACCGACCUAGAGGGGUCGAGGUCGAAGCUCUUCUUCCGGGUCCCCGAGCUGAUCCAGGCAGCGGAGGUUGCCUUUCCCAAGCGCACCAUGUGGUUCGUCGAGAAUGUGUUCAGCAUGACCCUGGAGUCGAGGGCGGAGAUCACCAGGGCGCUGGGAGUCACGCCCGUGUUCCUCGAUGCCAGGGGUCACACUCACGUUAGGCGGCCCCGCCUGUACUGGUGCUCGUGGCCCGUCACGGCGUUCUUGGCGUCCGACGCCACCGUCGGGACCAAGGGUGUGGGUGAGGCCGCGUACUUCAAGGUCUCGCUUGUGGUGGAGAGGCUCCCACUGAGUGCCUCGCUCUUGGAGGGCUGGUCGACGCUGGACCCUGAGGCGGACCUCCCGUGUUUCACGAGGCCGAUCCCGCGACGCCACGCGCCGUUCCGGCCCGUGGGCCUCGACCGCGCCUCGGUGCUGGUCGCGGAGGGCUGGGCUGCCGACAGCUACCGCUACCAGGUCAACAACUCCGGGGACGGCAGCCUCAUCUGGGACGUGAGGCGUCAGCGGGGCCAGCUGCCCGUGCCUGAGGCGAACUGGAACGUGGUCCCCGAUUUCCAGCAGCCAGGCCAUCGCGACCCGCAGUUGGAACGCAGCCUGAUUGUAGAGUUCCUGAGGGUCGCGGACCGCGGGGGCACGGACGUCGGGCUUGACACCGGGGCGCCCUACCGCGCCCGCGCGUGGCCGCGGGCAGCGCUCCGUGCGCACCUCUGGGCCUGGCGGAUCGCCAAAGGCUUUCGCUGGCAGCGGCCCGGGCACAUCUCGGCGCUGGAGCUGGAGGCUGCGGUGGCUGGAGCGCGCUGGAGGUGCCGAGCAGUUGAGAACCACCGCUGCCGCUACCUGCACAUUCUGGAUGCCCGAGCGAUCGCGGCAGUCAGCACCAAGGGCAGAUCGAGCGCGAGGGCUUUGCAGCCCGCGCUCCGCCAGCUCAACUCCCUGCUCCUCGCGACAGCAGGGUACCCGCUGUACGGGUACUGCGACACCGACGACAUGCCCGCCGACACGCCGUCCCGCUGGAGCUUCGGCCGCCGCUGCCACGCUCCCAGUGCUGCCGCCGGCAAGAGCCAGGCGAUGGUCACGCCGCUCACCCUGCAGCGGUACCGUGUGGCGGUCGGUGAGGUCGUUGAUUUCUGGAUUCAGGAGCACCGGCAGCCGCAGACGCCCGCUCAGGUCGACGCUGGCGUGGCCGCCUUCAUCGAGAGCCGUUGGCUGAGCGGAAGAUCUUUGUUUGAAGUUAAUAAUGCUCUUGCAGGCAUCACGCACGCUUUCCCGCCCGUGCGAGGGCACCUGCGGGACAGCGGACGUUUGGCCAAGGCGUGGCAACGCCUGGAGCCAGCUGGGCAUGCGCUGCCGAUCGGUCCGCUGAUCGCGGCAACGUUCGCAGGUGCAUUCGCGGCCGUGGGCCAGCUUGGCGCUGCGGCAGUGCUGGCAGCAGGCUACGGCGCUUUCCUCCGGACGGAUGAGAUUACCUCGCUCGUGCGGUCUGAUGUGCAGCUGUAUCCAGUCCGCCAUAUGGCCGUGCUGCAGCUGCGCAACACCAAAAGCCAGCAUCAGACUGGUGCCCGAGAGUUCAUGCUCGUGCGAGCGGUGUAG